AUGGACCAAAGAAACAAUGUGACUGAGUUUAUCCUCUUAGGUCUCACUCAGAAUGUCCAGGGUCAGAAAAUAUUAUUUGUUGUGUUUUUGCUCAUUUACAUUGUGACGAUGGUGGGCAACCUCGUCAUUGUCAUAACUGUGGCCAUCAGUCCAUCCCUAGAUGCACCGAUGUAUUUCUUUCUUGGCUACUUAUCAUUUCUGGAUGCUGUUUACUCCACUACAGUUACCCCAAAUAUGCUUAUGAACUUACUCAGUGAAAAGAAGACCAUUUCUCUCCAAGCUUGCUUGACUCAGCUUUUCAUAGAACACUUAUUUGGUGGAGCUGAGAUAUUGCUUCUGGUGGUCAUGGCCUAUGACCGCUAUGUGGCUAUCUGCAAACCCCUGCACUAUAUGACCAUCAUGAACCAACGAGUGUGUGUUCUGCUGUUGCUGUUUGCCUGUGUUGGAGGUUUCGUGCAUGCAGUUGUUCACCUUCUCUUCGUUUACAACCUUCCUUUCUGUGGGACCAAUGUCAUUGACCACUUUGUGUGUGACAUGUACCCCUUAUUAAAACUUGCCUGCGUUGAUACCUAUAUCAUUGGUCUCUCUGUGAUUGCCAAUGAUGGGGCGAUAUGUACAAUCAUCUUCAUACUGUUACUCAUCUCCUAUGGAGUCAUCUUGCACUCUCUGAAAAAUCUUAGUCAAGAAGGGCGACACAAAGCCCUAUCCACCUGUGGUUCCCAUAUCACUGUGGUAGUCUUCUUCUUUGUUCCUUGUAUUUUUAUGUACAUGAGACCUCCGUAUAUCUUACCUAUUGAUAAAUUCUUGACUGUGUUUUACACUGUUUUCACCCCUAUGUUAAAUCCAUUAAUAUACACUCUGAGAAACGCAGAGAUGAAAAUUGCCAUGAAGAAGAUUUGGACCAGACAAAGAAAAUGA